UUCUUCUUCUUCGAGUUUUAAUGGCGGUUGGAAGACCAGCUCAGUGGCGCAGUGGCGCCCCCUGCUGGACUGGAGGAGAGCGGCAGGACACUCAAACAUAAACAACAACAACAAACUAAAUUCUCUCAGUUAUUUUUAAAUAAUUAAUCAAACGAUUACACCAUUUCUUUCUACAAUGUUAUAUUAUUAAUUAUUAUUAUGAAUUUCCUCCUUUCUGGAUCAGAUCUGCUGCAGUGUGUUUAAAUGUGUGUGAGAAUUUAGUUAUUUUGGGGUUUUUUCUUUUCUUUUUUGUUUCAUUUAAAAUAUGUUUUAAUUAAAAAAUUAUAUUUUAAAUUAAAUUAUAAAGUUACUUUAACUUUACUGUAAUAAAUACUUACUUUUAUUCCAUAUGUUACUGUUACAGUAUAUUUUUGUAUAUUUUGCAUCAAAAGAAACUGCUGUAUAAAUAAAGGAUUUGCCAUGAGACAUGCUGAUGUUUUAUGUAACCAUUGACAGUAUGUAUAAUAGACUGACCUCUCGGGUCUGAAAAGUGUCUUAAACCUUUACAUUCUCUGUAAUGGUCAGCAGGGGGCGCUCCACUGGCUAUUGCUGAAAUGUAAGAGGAAUUAGUUUUAGCAUUUUCUGAAUUUAAAGCAUGGGAUUGGAGGAGAAAGGUGACAUAUUCUAUAUGAACUAUAGACUGUUGGUCUAUGAACUGAUCCAAUAAACAGCUGAUCGCUCUGAUGGAUGCACACACUGUGUUUAUCUUUGUGUUUGUGUUGUAUUUCUGAGGUAGGAUAUCUUUUGCAGUGUUAUUUGUGGGAGGUUUAUGUUUGUUAAUGUGUUUCGCUGUUAGCAGGAAUGUUUGCUUUGUUCUCUUUUCUCUUAAACAUCUCAAAAAAUGUUUGGAAAUUACAAAAACAGCAGUGACACAAGGUGCAACAUGCAGAUUGUGAUUACUACCCAACCCUGGGAGAGGAGGGCUGGAUGAGUGGGUGGGCUCUCUGUCAGCUGCAGCUGGUCCAUUACAGACUGUUGGUGUCAGUGUCAAGAGGUCUCAUUUUCCUGUCUGGAGCAGGUCAUGUCCCACCUGGCUCUGGGAUGACUACAAAAAUCAUUCAUUUCAUGCUGAACGGGAGGCUGGAGCAAGCGGAGUUUGGAGCCGACUGCUCUGCUGCAGAUAUCAAAGAUCUGUUCCGGGCGGCGGCGGAGGCGGGGCCUCACCACAUCCUAAAGAUGUACAGCACAAACGGCAGCAUGUUGAACAUCUCCCCCCGGCUGGAAGCCAACAGCGAGGACUCGUACUACCGCCUGGAGGUGGUGGCGGCAGACGUUAAGAGCGUGGGGAUGCCGACAGAGCUGGACAACAUGGAAUGCAGGCUGCAUCAUCUGGAGAGCAAAGCCACUGAAGACGUGGGAAAGACUCCGGACAUCAUCUGUGAGCUUAAGAGCCAAGUGGAGUCUUUUAAGAGGAAGCUGGAGAGUGUGGAGCACCUGAGCUGGAUGGGUCUGUUCAAGGAAGACGGUGAUCAGCAGCUCUCCAAGUUCUCCCCGAAACCCCUAACACCUCAUCUGAGCGCGCAGGAGGAGCGCCAACAAGUCCGCAGGAAGUUCCUCAACAUGAGCUCGCUGCAGGUCACAGAAGAAGUGAGAGAGCAUCUGAAAACUCCCAUUUUUGACAACUGGCAGUGGGAGGAGGCGGAGAUGCUAGUGCUCCUCCAGGUGAUGUUCACCGACCUGGACUUCCUGACGGCGUUCCACAUCAAGCUGGAAGUCCUGCAGAACUUCCUGUUUGAGGUCUACUGCCACUACAACAGCAUCCCCUUCCACAACUUCAGGCACUGCUUCUGCGUCACUCAGAUGAUGUAUGGGCUGAUCUGGCUGACAGACCUCAGGAGUAAAUUAUCAAGAAUCGACCUGUUGAUUAUGUUGACCUCGGCUCUGUGCCACGACCUCGACCACCCUGGCUACAACAACGUCUACCAGAUCAAUGCGCAGACUGACUUAGCUCUUCGCUACAAUGAUAUUUCCCCCCUGGAAAACCACCACUGUGCCGUGGCCUUCGGCAUCUUGUCCAAGCCAGAGUGCAACAUCCUAAAAAAUCUGACCUGUGAGCAGUACAAACACAUCCGGGGAGGAAUGAUCAGAUGUAUUCUGGCCACCGACAUGGCGAGACACAACGAAAUUCUCAACAAGUUCAGAAUCAUGCAGCCGGUGUUCGACUUCACCAACAAGGACCACAAGGAAGUGCUGAUGAAGAUCAUGGUGAAGGUGAGCGACAUCUCCAACGAGGCGAGGCCGAUGACCGUGGCUGAGCCCUGGCUGGACUGUCUGCUGCAGGAGUUCUUCAACCAGAGCGACACAGAGAAACUCAAAGGGCUUCCAGUGACUCCUUUCAUGGACCGAGACAAAGUGUCCAAACCGUCCUCUCAGACCAACUUCAUCCGAUUCGUCCUCUUGCCGCUCUUCACCGAGCUCACCAAGCUGUUUCCCUGUCUGGAGCAGCACAUUCUGGAGCCGGUGCGACGAGCCCUGGAGUAUUACUCCGACAUGGAGAGGGCCAACAAGCAGGAGCAGGGGACGACCAAAGCAUGAGGAGUACGCGCUGGCCGACAGAGUUGUCAUUUAAAAUGUUGUGGAGGAUUUACGUCUUCGUUGUUUCUAGUUGGGAUUAUGUCCGCCAUUUCAAAGUCGUUAUAGUUUUAUAAGAUUUGGACACCAGUGAGACAUUAUUUAUUAUUAUUGGACAUGUUGGUGUAUUUUAAUAGGGCAGGAAUAAUCCUAUUUAUUGUUCAGUUAAUCUGCUGGAUUAUUACACGUUUUCCAUUUUCUGCAUAAAGAGCACGAUGAGGUUAAAGGUUAAGUCUGGUGAUAUUCUGCGUGCCUCAUUCCUGAGCGAGCGAUGGGAGGUCUUAAGCACAGAAAUAUAUAUUUUGAAGGGGAAUUACAGGCAAGGUACAAAGAGUGUAGAUAGUUACGCCAGUGAUUUGACUGGAAACGAUAGAGCCAGGUUGAGGGAGCGUGCAGGCAGAGUGGAGACGUUGUGAGAAGGGUUACUAUUGCACGUUAAUAUGGAUUAACAUCAUUUAGUCUUCAGUAGGAACCAAAAGGGCUCCUCCUGGUCCACAUACAACAGUUCCCGUUUGGAGCCACCAUUACAGUGUUUGUGAACCGUUCAUUUAACCUCCGCCACUGUCUCGCCAUCGCAUUUUAACUGCUAACUGAUCAUCGCUUUAUGGAUUUUAUUGAUGCUGAGUUGGCAAGAAAUCGUCGUACACGUUACUGUCCAAUCUCUGAAAAUAAAGAAUGACAUCAGACUUAUCCUUUGAAUUACCCAACAUGUGACUGUUUUGAUCAUUUGAUUGAUAUGAAUUAGUGACAAGAAAUGUAUUUUAUGUGCACAUUUAAAUAUAAAUAAAAUGCUUAUUUUUCAUGUCUUGCCAUCGCUGACUGUGUCACUAUAACAAAUGGGCUUUUUUAGAUGUAUAUUGUUUUCAACUUUGAAAGUCAACUUCCUUAUUGUGUACUUUUAUAUGUUGAUAUUGUGUGACUGUCAAUAAAGAUCUGCCUCUCUGCUUGGUGUUAAAUGACA